GGAGGCCCAUCAAACAUGGCGGGCCGGCGGGCUACACGCAGGACUUUAUCGCCUGACCCUAAAGUAGGAGCUAUGGCUACUCUGCUAGGCUUUUGGCUCAUAGUGAUCCCUGUCUUGUGCAGCGGGCAGACAUUCACUAAUUUCCACCCCGAACGUCGGGACUGGUUGUUCAACCACCUGACGGUUCACCAGACCACGGGUGCAUUGUAUGUUGGAGCAGUCAACCGAGUGUACAAGCUCUCAGGCAACCUGACCCUCCUCGUUUCCCAUGAUACAGGCCCAGAGGAUGACAACAAGGCCUGCUACCCCCCUCUGAUUGUGCAGCCCUGUUCUGAGCCCCUUGUCUCAACCAACAAUGUCAACAAGCUUCUCCUUAUUGAUUAUUCCCAAAAUCGGUUGCUGGCCUGUGGCAGCCUCUACCAGGGUGUCUGCAAACUCCUCAGAUUGGAUGACCUCUUCAUCUUAGUGGAGCCCUCCCACAAGAAAGAGCACUACCUCUCCAGUGUCAACCAGACUGGGACUAUGUACGGGGUCAUUGUGCCUUCGCAGGGCCAGGACGGCACCCUGUUUAUUGGCACAGCAGUAGAUGGAAAACAGGACUACUUUCCCACCAUCUCUAGUCGAAAGCUGCCCCGCGAUCCAGAGUCUUCUGCGAUGUUAGACUAUGAACUGCACACUGACUUUGUGUCCUCCCUCAUCAAGAUACCAUCAGACACACUGGCACUGGUCUCCCACUUUGACAUCUAUUAUGUUUACGGCUUUGCCAGUGGCAGCUUUGUUUACUUCCUGACGGUGCAGCCCGAGACGCCAGAGAACAGCAUGUCAUCAAGCGGAUCCACCAGUGACCUCUUCUACACUUCUCGCAUUGUCCGCCUCUGCAAAGACGAUCGCAAGUUUCACUCCUAUGUGUCUCUGCCUGUUGGCUGUGUGAAGAACGGCGUUGAGUACCGGCUGCUGCAGGCCGCCUACCUUGGCAAGCCAGGCCGCGUUCUCGCUGCCUCGCUCAACAUCAGCGCCCAAGACGAUGUGCUCUUCACCAUCUUUGCCAAGGGCCAGAAGCAGUUCCAUCGCCCACCGGAUGACUCGGCGCUUUGCGUCUUCACCAUCCGAGACAUCAACGCACGUAUCAAGGAGCGCCUGCAGUCCUGCUACCAGGGAGAAGGAAAUCUGGAGCUCAACUGGCUGCUUGGGAAGGAUGUGCAGUGCACCAAAGCGCCGGUGCCCAUUGACGACUCUUUCUGUGGUCUGGACAUCAACCAGCCGCUUGGUGGUUCUCAACUGGUGACCGGUCACACGCUCUACACCGAGACUCGAGACCGAAUGACUUCUGUCACCUCUUAUGUCUACAAUGGUUACUGUGUAGCCUUCGUGGGCACCAAGAGUGGGCGUCUAAAGAAGAUUCGCGUUGACGGGCCUCCUCACGGUGGUGUCCAGUAUGAGACGAUAAUCGUCAUCAAGGACGGCAGCCCCGUCCUGCGAGAUAUGGCUUUCUCCCUCGACCGCAACUACCUCUACGUCAUGUCUGAGAGACAGGUCACCCAAGUUCCAAUCGAGUCAUGUGAGCAGUAUGCGACCUGUGGAGAGUGUUUGAGCUCCGGGGACCCACACUGCGGCUGGUGUGUCCUGCAUAACAUCUGCUCUCAGAGGAACCGGUGUGAACGCGCAGAUGAGCCUUACCGUUUCGCCGCCUCUCUCAACCAGUGUGUGAAGGCCACUGUGUACCCAGACAGCAUUGCGGUGUCAGAGCCCAGUGUACCUCUGCUGGUGAAGGUGAGCCAUGUUCCAGACCUUUCGGCUGGCAUCACUUGCUCCUUCGGCAACCUGACAGAGGUGGAGGGGCAAGUCAAUGGCAACCAGAUACUAUGUGUGUCCCCCACUGCUAAGGAUGUCCCACUCAUUCCCAUCAAUCAAGAUUGGUCAGGCGUUGAGCUGAGGCUCAACUCUAAGGAGACUGGUCAGAUGCUUAUUAGCACAGAGGUCAAGUUUUACAACUGCAGCGUCCACCAACUGUGCCUGUCUUGUGUGAACAGUGCCUUCCGCUGCCACUGGUGCAAGUACCGCAACUUGUGCACCCAUGACCCCUCCAGCUGUUCUUUCCAGGAGGGACGAGUCAACGCCUCUGAGGAUUGUCCCCAACUGGUGCGCUCCGAGGAGAUUCUGAUCCCGGCGGGGGAGGUGAAGCCUAUCACCCUGAAGGCAAAGAACCUGCCACAGCCCCAGUCAGGUCAGCGGGGCUACGAGUGUGUCCUCCACAUCCAGGGGGUCAGCCACCGAGUCACCGCCCUCCGCUUCAACAGCUCCAGCGUGCAGUGCCAGAACAGCUCGUAUAUGUACGAGGGAAUGAAGAUCAGUGAGCUGCCUGUGGAUUUCUCGGUGGUGUGGAACGGCAACUUCAUUAUUGAUAACCCGGAGAAUAUCCAAGUGCACCUGUACAAGUGCGCAGCCCAGCGAGACAGCUGCGGCACGUGUCUGAAGGCGGAGAGGAAGUUCCAGUGCGGCUGGUGCAGUGGAGAGGGAAGGUGUACUCUGCGGCACCACUGCCCUCCCAUCAAUCCUUACACCACCCGCUGGCUAAAUCUGGCCAGUAAGAAUGUCAAGUGCACCAACCCACGCAUCGCUGAGGUGACCCCAGUGGCUGGACCGCCAGAGGGGGGCACACGGGUGACCAUCCACGGCACAAACCUGGGCCUGGCUUUCUCAGACAUGGUGGGCAACGUGGAGGUGGCUGGGGUGAGGUGCACCCCUGUUGAGGAUGGCUACAUCAUCGCUGAACAGAUUGUAUGUGAGAUGGAUGCCGCUCCUGCAGACAGUCGACCUGGUCCAAUCCAGCUGUGCGUUGGAGAGUGCAGACCAGAACUUAGGGCUCGCUCCUCACAGCUCUACUCCUUUGUGACUCCCACAGUCACAGGUCUGUCCCCGAGCAGAGGUCCAGAGUCCGGGGGCACGAAAGUAACCAUAAUGGGAGAAAACCUCGGUGCCGGCAGCAGUGUCACCGUUCAGUUCGGAAACCAGACAUGCGAGUUCUUUGGACGGACCAUGACGGAGAUAGUGUGUUACUCCGCCCCUUCCCUGUCUGGUGUCGGCCAAGUGCUGAUCAGCGUGAGCGUGGACCGCGCCCAGAUCAGGGAGAGCCUCACCUUCGAGUACAUAGAGGACCCCACUGUCCAGCGCAUCGAACCAGACUGGAGCAUUGCAAGCGGCCACACCCCUCUGAUGGUGACAGGGACCAAUCUGGACGUGGUCCAGGAGCCCAGGAUCCGUGUCAAAUAUGCCGGCAGAGAGUCUGUCAAUGUGUGUAAAGUAUUGAACACCACCAGUAUGAGCUGCUUCGCUCCCUCCCUGAUUGCAGAGUACAGUCCCGGUUUGGAUACAGUAAAGCACGCAGACGAGUUUGGGUUCAUCUUCAACAACGUCCAGGCGCUGCUGGUCUACAACAACACCAACCUCCUCUACUACCCAAACCCUUACUUUGAGCCCCUCAGCACUACUGGAGUCCUGGAGCAAAAACCAGGCUCACCCAUCAUUCUCAAGGGCAGAAACCUGGUCCCCCCAGCAUCAGGAGGGGUGAAGCUUAACUACACUGUGCUGAUCGGAGAGACUCCCUGCUCUGUCACUGUGUCGGAGAGCCAGUUGCUCUGUGAGCCGCCAAACCUCACCGGACAAUAUAAAGUCAUGGUUCAGGUGGGUGGUCUUCACGUCUCUCCUGGUGCAGUCCACAUCAUGUCUGACAGCCUCCUGACCCUUCCGGCCAUUGUCAGCAUUGCUGCCGGUGGAGGCCUCCUUCUCAUCAUCGUCAUCCUCGUCCUCAUCGCCUACAAGCGAAAGUCACGUGAAAAUGACCUCACCCUGAAGCGCUUGCAGAUGCAAAUGGACAACCUGGAGUCACGAGUUGCCCUAGAGUGCAAAGAAGCCUUUGCAGAGCUGCAGACAGACAUCAAUGAGCUGACCAGUGACCUAGACAGAGCUGGUAUCCCCCAUCUGGACUACAGGACAUACGCCAUGAGGGUCCUCUUCCCCGGCAUAGAGGAUCAUCCUGUCCUCAGAGAACUGGAGGUGUCAGGGAACGGCCAGCUGAAUGUGGAGAAGGCCCUGAAGCUGUUUGGACAGCUCAUCAACAACAAGGUGUUCCUGCUCACCUUCAUCCGAACACUAGAAAUGCAGCGCUCAUUCUCCAUGAGGGACCGUGGCAACGUGGCCUCGCUUAUCAUGACGGCCCUACAGGGACGACUGGAGUACGCCACUGACGUCCUGAAACACCUGCUGUCGGACCUCAUUGACCGCAACCUGGAGAGCAAGAACCACCCCAAACUGCUGCUGCGCAGAACGGAGUCGGUUGCAGAGAAGAUGCUUACAAACUGGUUCGCCUUCCUCCUCCACAGAUUCCUCAAGGAGUGUGCUGGGGAGCCUCUGUUCAUGCUGUACUGCGCCAUCAAGCAGCAGAUGGAAAAGGGGCCCAUCGACGCCAUCACAGGAGAGGCCCGGUACUCCCUUAGUGAAGACAAGCUCAUCCGCCAGCAGAUCGAGUACAAAACCUUGACCCUGAACUGUGUGAACCCCGACAACGAGAACAGUCCAGAGAUUCCGGUCAAGGUGCUCAACUGUGACACCAUCACCCAAGUGAAGGAGAAGAUACUGGACGCCGUUUACAAGAACAUGCCCUAUUCUCAGCGGCCACGUGCCGUCGACAUGGACCUCGAGUGGCGGCAGGGGCGAAUGGCUCGGGUGGUGUUGCAGGAUGAAGACAUCACCACCAAGAUAGAAAAUGACUGGAAGAGACUCAACACUCUGAUGCACUAUCAGGUGUCAGACCGCUGCGUUGUGGCUUUGGUGCCCAAACAGACCUCAUCGUACAACAUCCCGUCCUCAGCCAGCAUAUCGCGCACCUCGAUCAGCAGAUACGACUCUUCAUUCCGCUACACGGGCAGUCCCGACAGCCUCCGCUCACGUGCUCCCAUGAUAACUCCGGACCUAGAAAGUGGUGUGAAGGUGUGGCACUUGGUGAAGAACCACGAGCACGGAGACCAGAAGGAAGGAGACCGCGGUAGCAAGAUGGUCUCGGAGAUUUAUCUGACCAGGCUGCUAGCUACCAAGGGUACAUUACAAAAAUUUGUCGACGACCUAUUUGAGACGUUGUUCAGUACAGUUCACCGAGGGAGCACUCUUCCCCUCGCCAUCAAAUACAUGUUUGACUUCCUGGAUGAGCAGGCAGACAAACAUGACAUUCAUGACACAGAUGUACGUCACACGUGGAAAAGCAACUGCCUCCCAUUGCGUUUCUGGGUGAACGUGAUCAAGAACCCGCAGUUCGUGUUUGACAUCCAUAAGAGCAGCAUCACAGACGCCUGCCUGUCUGUCGUAGCUCAGACCUUUAUGGAUUCUUGCUCCACUUCGGAGCACCGCCUGGGAAAAGACUCUCCAUCUAAUAAGCUACUCUACGCUAAAGAUAUCCCUAAUUACAAGAGCUGGGUAGAAAGGUACUACGCUGACAUCAACCGGCUGCCAGCCAUCAGUGACCAGGACAUGAACGCCUAUUUGGCCGAACAGGCCAGACUCCACUCCACAGAGUUUAACAUGCUCAGCGCUCUCAAUGAGAUCUACUCUUACAUCAGCAAGUACAGCGAGGAGAUCACAGCAGCCCUGGAGCAGGAUGAACAGGCGAGGAAGCAGAGGUUGGCCUACAAGGUGGAGCAGCUCAUCUCUGCCAUGUCCCUCGAGAGCUGAGAGUGGCCGCCACUCAAAGAGAAAGAGGACGAGAGAGAGACAGGACCACUGUCUCCACAGAGCCUCCCAAAACAUACCUCUCAUCGUGGGAGCGACAACCACGAACCAGACCUGGGACUUCUCUGCAUCCAAAGCCGGACAGACAUACAACUGCUUUAGUUUGUCAUUCUUUCACCUCCUUCCAUGAUGGCACCAGCUAAGGGCCCACAGACUAAGAUAGAGGACCUGGAAUGGCAUCAGCAGAGAAGGCAACAACAUGGCUUCUAUUUUUAUGGUUUUCUCGCUCUCUUUUUCUCUCAGUUUGAAAGGAAAUUGUACGUUGCGUGUGUGUGCGUGCAUGAGUGUGUGUUUGUGUCGUUCUGAGGAAGAUUCCUCCAAGACCGUGAGAGCAAAUGGAGUAACAAAUGUAUUCCCCGACCAGUCAGAAACUCACAUUUGAGACAAAAAGAAGCAGAGGAACAGAUCUCAUGUUGGACAGCUGAGUUUGCAUUCAGAUUUCUCAGAUUUUUAUUUUUGUACUUGUACAUUUGAAUAUUAUCAGUUACAGUUGAAAAAAAAAUCCACCCCGGAUUCCAUAAGUGUUGUUGUAUAGAGACAUGAAGAGUGCAACACUACAGCAGCGUAGUGCGGAAGUGGAAUGGGCCGUGGUCCACGUCUGCUCUCACUCCUCCCCCUCUUGGACUGAUGCUCCACUUGACUCAGACAGAAACCUCUGCUUUUUAUCCAAUCACAAGUGUACAGGAAAACAUGAAUCUUGGGCUCAUCAUCGAAGGGUCGUCGGGGGUCACAGUUCAGCCGGCAUGCUCGCAACUAAACUGAGAGUAACAGAGAUGAAGUCUAUCGUGUAUUUAGGAGAUGACUUUAAAUCAGCAUCAAUCUGGUGUGCGAGGCUUUUUUUUUUCUUCUUUUUUUUUUUCAGCAGUUAUGUCAUCUGUGUAUCUACUGACUGAUACUGGCCAAUCAGUGUAUGUGAAUGUACAAAUGUUUUUACUUUGUUUGUUUGUUUGUCUAUUUGAGUUGUGCAAACAGAAAGGGGCUCAGUUGAACUGAGCUCCAUAGAUAUUUGCAGUAGCUCGUCAAGUGAACAACUCCAUUUGUCCGUCCUGGCCCCAGCCCAUCCAGCUGCUUCCCAAACUUUAUUUACCCUAAACCACUUUUCUGCUAGAGGAGAGUGUGUAUCGUCUGCAACGCGGCCGUCGCUGCUGUGACUCCGCGGCUCAUACGCCACAGUAUGUGCAUCUUGCAGCUAGUAGGAACCAGACAAGAAGAAUUGGUCUCCGUAGGCUCAAACUCUCAUUUAUAUAACCACCGUGUGUAUCUCUUUGGGGACUUUAUGUGUACUUUGCAUGCAUGCUAUCACACAUCUGAAGUGUUCUAAGGGUCCAUCUUUGAUUUUUAUCAAGUGCCAAUGAGUCACGCCAGCUCUCGUUGGCCCGUUGAGGUGUUAGCUGAUGGGAGUUUUUUUUACCCGACCACCACCCAUGUCCUCACACAGACAAUAAGAAGUCCAGCUCUGUGGGGUUCAGUUUGAACAAGUGCCAAAAGAUGCUGUUGUUUGAAAUUGUUCACUAAUGUGUCAAAAAUCGGUUCAUGCUUUACAGAAGGAGCAAAGCUCCUCGGAGUGUCGAGCCGGUUAAAGCUGAAGCUCAUAUAACUGGAACGGUGAGUUUUGUGAAAGGUACGAAACGUAAGCAGGAGAAAAGGGAUCUGGGUGAUGAGGAAGAAACAUAAAAAACACAAAGACAUUGUGUGUUAUGUUUCAUAUUGUGUGGGUGCGUCUCCUGACUUCAACCAAAACGUCACGGGUUAAAAGGCGGCUGUAACCGUUCAGCCUUCGAGCUGCAUGACGACAAACUGUAGAUUCCAUCCUCUGGAUACGUAAUUUAAAUAUGUCUGCUUGUUGUUUACAUCAAGUACUUGAAAAUAGGUAGUAUUAAAGGUUUGCACAGUAUGCUGCACUUGUGUGUGUUGAGCGCAUGAUAAACACCAGUAGUGGGUGAAAGGUGCUUCUUUUCUCUGUGGCCUUAGAUACCCACCUGCUUAGUGUUCCUGAUCUUUUAGUCCUCGACUCGGGCGCAGUCCUUUCAGUCCUUUCAGUGCUUCGGAGCACAAUAGUUUUUCAGCGAUACCCAGCUGCCGGCACUCUGCUGAGAACUGUCUUAGCGAGAUAAAGUAAAAGGAAAGGUGAAGAGGCUACAGCCAGGCUCAGGCAGACAUUGCCUCGCUCAGCACUCGGCUCGCCUGAGCUGUUUGAAGAGAAGUGUUGAGAAAUGAGGAGAGAGGGAGAGGUAGAAAGAGAGAGAACCCCUUUAGCUCUAGUUUCCUGCUCCGGCUUUGAAGCUGCUCUUUGAUCUGAGUCAGUUGUGUGCACAGUGUGAUCAGAAGAUGGAAAGA